GUCAAAAUCAAAAUACCCCUACCCUACCUAUUGAAUGCUUUGCAAUUUGCAAUACAAACCAAAAUUAAUUUUUAUUUUUUAUUUAUAAAAAUAACAACAAUAAAUGAUUUUAUAUUUUUGAUUGUUUGCUUACAUAUUAUAUAUGCGUUGUGCAAAUAAAUCAUAAGGAAAUGUCAGUUGAGGAAGAAAUAGAGUUAAAAGACUUAAUUGCUCAAACCCUAAAGUCAAAUGGAACACUGGCUAAAAUCAAGGCUCAGUUACGUGCCAGUAUUUUUCUUGCAUUGGAUGAGGAUGAAAAGAUUAGCAAACAGAAACCUUUAUUAAAUACCAAAAUUAAAGGUUUCAUGGAGAGCGAUGAAGGUAAAACAAUGUUUUACAUAGUUCAUGAGUUUCUGGAGUUCUUCAAUUUGUGUUUUACUUUGGCUGUUUAUGAACCAGAAUCUUACAUAGAUUGUAAUUACAAAUCAGAAGAAAAACAAAGGCUCUUAAAUCAGUUUGGAUUAGGAAAUAUUGAAGAAAGCAAUGAACCAGUUUUAUACCAAUUACUCAAAAUAGCUCAAAGGUCAAAAAAGAAUUUAGAAGUCAAUAUUAAUAUAAAUGGUAACUUGCUUCAAGAAAAUAAGCCGGAAAGUAUACCCACUGAAUCUUCAGUUUCUGAAAAUAUUUGCUCAGAUAAUAGUGAAGAGGAAAACAUUGGUAUUAGUUUAAAACCGAAAAAUGGACUGCCCGAGCCAACUCUGAAUGCUACCUUUGAUGUUCAGAGCCCAAUGUAUUCUAAAGUUGGAAAGUUCGAUUCACUUUCUGCUCAAAAUAGUGAAAAUCUUAAAGAUUUAGAUAGCAUUAGAAACAAAAAACAGAGUGAUGAUACUUACGAUGAUACAAGUUCCUUAGUAGAAGAUGUAGAUGUAGAGUUGACAACUCAAAAUAGUAGUUCGGAAGUUCCUGAAAGGAAAGUGAAUGGCAUCAAAGAAUCUGAAAUUGUUAAAGAUAAACCUAAAAUGUCUCCUCCAAAGUCUGAAAAGUUAAAGUGCAAAAGUAACCUCAGUUCCCUGUCUGAUCUCCCACCUCUUAAUAAAUCUAGAGUUAGUGAUAUUUUACCAUCUUUGUACAAUAAGGAUUUCAAGGAUAAGUCAAAUCUUCGCGAUCUAGAUAAAUUGUUUGAUAUGGAUGCAGAGUUCGAAGAAGAUUCUAUGUACAGUAGUGAUGACUUACCUUUGAAAUCUGAUCAUAAUAGUGUUAGUUUAUUAGAAGAAUUGCAACAAUCAAACAAGAGCAACAAAGAGCAGACGGUUGUGGGAAACAAAGAAAUGAAACCGAAAAAUCCUAGUAGAAUUAUUGCCGAUUGUAAAUUUAAAACUGCCGUCAACACUCAAAAAAAUAAACUAGUUAAUGAGACACUCGAAAUGAAUGGUGAAAAUGUGGAAAGCGCUUCUGACAGUGUUUAGUUCAUUUCUUUGUUAGGACACUCGAAAUGAAUGGUGAAAAUGUGGAAAGCGCUUCUGACAGUGUUUAGUUCAUUUCUUUGUUAGAAUAACUAUUUCAAGGGGAGCCUAACAAAUACGGAAAAUUGAAAUUUGAUUAGUAAAUGAACA